GCGAUUUAAGUAAUCUGCAAUGCAGUGCGAAGAUGGAAUGCAGAAGAACUCCCAACUCACUCAACAAAAUUAUUCCUCACCUUUUCUCUCUCCGCAUAAACCCUCCGGGGAGCAAUCUCUCCCCUCUGCUCUGCUCUGGCAGCCCUUCCUCUCCUCUACAGAAGCUCAGGCCUUGUUGAAGAUCCCGCAAAAUCUGCUGGCAGUUGAGUCCCACCAUCGCCUCCUCCAUUCCCCCUCCACCUACUUGAGGCUUCAAAAUGGUGAAGAAUUCGACACCGAGACCGCGGAAAUUGUUGGUGUACCUCUAUGUCCCGAAUAUAGUUGGUUAUGUGAGAGUACUCAUGAAUUGCUUUGCCUUCGCCAUAUGCUACUCCAAUAAAAAGCUUUUCUCCAUUCUCUACUUUCUGAGCUUCGUGUGCGAUGCAAUUGAUGGAUGGUGUGCCCGUAAGUUUAAUCAAGUUUCGACUUUUGGAGCUGUGUUGGACAUGGUAACUGACAGGAUAAGCACUGCUUGUCUGCUUGUAAUUCUUUCCCAGGUAUACAGUCCUGGGUUAAUUUUCUUGUCAUUACUUGCCUUGGAUAUCAGUAGCCACUGGCUGCAAAUGUACAGUACCUUCUUGCUAGGCAAGGGCAGUCAUAAAGAUGUAAAAGACAGCACGAACUGGCUGUUCAGAGCGUAUUAUGGGAACCGAAAAUUUAUGGGAUAUUGUUGUGUGGCAUGUGAGGUCCUAUAUAUCAUUCUAUUUCUUGUUGCUGACAAUGAAACUGAAAACUUGGCGGACGUACUCUUGAGCUUGGCAAAACAGAGUUCUCCUCUCACAUUUAUAACGGCUUUGAGCUUAUUCGGAUGGGCAAUUAAACAGAUUGUCAAUGUCAUUCAGAUGAAAACAGCAGCAGAUGUUUGCGUCCUGUACGACAUAAACAAGAAGCAGGCCUCAUCAUAGUUUGCGUUUCGGUCAUGAUGGCGAUUCCCUUGUCUGGUAACUGGUCAGGUCAUGAUGACUAUUACAAUGUGUUUCUUCAAUACCAAUUCCUUUUGUUUUCUAAUGAAAUACAACCGAAUAUGUGGAAGUCUGGAUAACCUAGGAUCUGUUUUAACCUUUCGGGACUUUCCUGUCCAAGUGCCACUGAAUCUAGUCGCACUGCCUGGAAUGUCUGAACAGAUUAUGAGAUUACGACUGCUGCCGAUUUCCUGUCAAGUAGUUGAACUAGAUCAUGGUGAGAGCAUAUUGUAGCUGUACAUGAAAAAUGUUUCAGGCCCUGACAAUGUAAGAAUGAGCUUUCUGAAA